AUGGCGGCGGAGCGGGGAGCGGGGCUGCGCAUCUUCCGCGAUAUAUUAAGAAGAGCAGACAAGAAUGAUGAUGGGAAACUGUCUUUGGAUGAAUUCAAAGCUUACUUUGCUGACGGAGUUCUGAGUAGAGAAGAACUGCAUGAACUUUUUUGCAGCAUUGAUGCACACAAUACUGAAAAUCUUGACACAGAAGAGCUCUGCGAUUAUUUUUCAAAGCAUUUAGGAGAAUAUGAAAAUGUUCUCUCUGUCUUGGAAGACUUAAACAUAACCAUACUGAAGGCAAUGGACAAAACAAAGAAAGACUAUCAGGAAGCUUCCAACCUGGAGCAGUUUGUGACUCGCUUUCUUUUGAGGGGGACACUGAACCAGCUGAAUCAAUCCCUCCAGAGCUCCCUGGAGUGUGCCAUGGAAACCAGGGAGAAGCAGACCCGGCAGGAGAGGUGAGCAAACCCCUCUUCAGCUGAGGGAAGGGGGUGAGGAGUGAGGUCACUGCGAACCUCCACGACUGCUUUACAUUUCACCCAGAAAUCUGACAUGGGGAGUAUAUUUUCCAAAGGUUGGAUUGAAGAAGACAGCCAAUGGGUGAUCCAGAUAAACAGACUCCAGAAGCUAACUGAUAGACUGGAAAAGAAGGACCUAAAGCUUCAGCCAUUUGAAGAGGAAGUUUUGGAGGAAAAUGAAAAAUCUCAGCACAUAAUGAUCGUUCAGCAUCAAAUGUCGGUGAUAGAAGAAAAUGUGGAGGAAUUCCAUCUUGCUCUGAAAUAGUACAUGGAAUCUACUUCUGCUCAAGGUAGCUGCUUGCAUGAUUCCAUACAGAAGCUUCCAAGGAAUUUCCACUUCAUUGUUUAUGAGUUCUGGGAAAACAGCAAUGCCUGGAAUAGCCACCUUCAAAUGAAUUAUGGCAAGGAAUUCCAAAGAAGUAAUGUGGAUUUCUUGGAAACUCCAGAGCUCAUCACAACAAUGCUAGUCCCUGGUAAAUACCAACUUUUCACAUUAUUUUUUUUUGUUCCAUGUGAAAGGUUUUAUUAAUGUGUUCCAUAUGCAAGACCACUGCAUAAUAUCACCCUUACUCAGAUCGUCUUUGGUAAAGUGUAGAGGAGAAAAGGAUUCCAAAUGUUUUUAUUUUAACCACAUAAAUAUAAAAUGCAUCAGCAAGGAUGAGACCCACAGUGCUUUCAUGCAGUGUGAAGUUACACUAAUAUACACUAUUUAAGAAAAUAUCUAGAAUAAACAAUACUAUCUGUGAAUGAUAAAAUAGACACCAUUUAAGCUUUUCAAGGAAAAAAAUGCUUUCUGAUUAAGACUUCAAUUUAUUCCUACUUACAUUUAAGGGAUCCUUAAUUACAAAUAAUUAAUAUUUACUAACCAACUUGUACACACUUCCUGCUAUAUUAAAAGAAAGCAAGGUGGUAAAGAUUCCAAAUUAUUAUUCUUUAUACAAAACAAUGAGCAUGGCACAUCUUUCUCCUAGAAAUAAGAGUUAGAAGACACAGUGCAGGUGCAGGAUGAAGCAAAGAAAGCAUCACUCCCAUACUUACAAAGAGAGGACAGUAAUUUAUUUUUUUUUUAUUUUAUUUUAGGGAACACAGAUCUAUUACAAUGAAGUCCUAAGUUUCUAUGUCUGAGUACAGACUAAAUUUAAAAUAUUAAAACCCCACACAAUAGAAAAAUAAAAGUAGUCCCGUACCCAGGGUUUGUCCUUAAAAGAAACCAGCCAAGACAUCUUCAGACCUCAUGAGCCUGAUGUGGACACAAAGUUAUAUGCCAGGCAUUCAUGCAGAAUCAGGAGAUGGAAAUUAAUGACAAGUAUCUCUGUAAAUCUUGUAUCUUACUGGGAUGCUGCUGGAUUUAAGACAAACUUGAUUGCAGGAAACAAUGAAGCCUUUUUCCAAAAUUCUUUGUGUCCAAGAGACUGCAUAUGAUCCAUCAGUGUUCCAGGGUGGUUUACUCACAGGUAAAGUACAAUUAACAUAAAAUGUAAACAUAAUUUUUAUGUGCCUAAAUAUGGAAGUGUCUGAAAUUGGAUUCCAAGUACUCAUUAAAGCAUUUACUCUGCCUGCUAAGAAGGAUUUCAGUCUGCAGCACUUUGUCCUUGCAGACAGUUACCAUAGAAACAGUAUUUCUCACUGUGCACUCCUUGCUGGGGUUGUGGGGGGAGAGGCAAUGGGAAUUAAUGCAUUCACAGUUCUUUGUACAAUUUUAUACAUUACCUGUAAUUUAGAAAUCUGUGCAAUGAUUUGAACUCUGUUUCAUGGAAAGAGCUUCCCACAGCUGAUCUAUACAAAUCAUAUUUGUAUUUAAAAGACAGAAAAUGAUCUUGAAGUAAAAAAUGAUGGCUGCAAUGCUACCAGUACACUUUACAAAAGAAUUUUAGACACCAUAAAGUGAUAUCACUGUAAAAACAGAAGGAAAAAACCCUAAACCGUAUCUGCAGUUAGAACACAGGCUCUAUUCUAAAAAUAAAUUUACCCUAGCUAAACUUCCAAACUUCUUUUACACAUCUGGGUAGCUAAGAACUGAAUCAAUUGCAAAUUGUAAUCUGAAUCUGAUUCAUUCAAAGUUAACAACCCAUAAGUCUUUACCAAUUAACUAAAAUCAGUAAGGAUACUUAUGUGGCCAAGAAAUGAAUCAGGAAGAUAAGUUCUCACCAUGACACAGUAUUAUCCUAAAGAAAAUUAAUUUGCCAUCAGUUAAGAGGAACCACAAUCCAUUAUAACCACUCAUACACCUGUUAACUCACCCAGUUGCUUCAGCCAAUCUACCAGGGCGGAAUGAAUCACUCAGUUCAUAUUCAGUGAAUGUCUCAUUUUUACACAAUAUCUGGACUGGAGGACUCUAGAGAACCUUUGGGUGAGAAAACAAGCUAAGGGGGAACCACUGAACACUUAUAACACUAUAACCAAUGAAAUAAAUAGUUAAAUUGGGCAUUUUGGAGGACUGAAAUGCAUUAAUCCACUGAUGUUUUAGAGACUACUAGGCUGAUAGCCUGAAUUCAGGUAGGACUCUUGAGUAUUUUCUCAUAUGUUUUCUUCAUUAAUAAUAAUUUUGAUUAAAAUAGCAUUAAUGGAAGCAUUUAUGGAUACAUACAUAAGAAAUUAAGUUCUGCUAAUGAAUUUGUGUAGUGUGAAACCUAUGUAGUCUAGAACACCCCUCGACUAAGGGCAUUUAGCAUCUCAGAUGCAGUCACAAUUCCCUUCCUUCCUUCCCACCUCUCUCCAUAAAUCUUGUGGUUCCUCUCUGCAUAAGGUUCCAUUUCAAAAGGCCAAAGGCUAGAGACUGUGGGGAAGAAACACAGAUUGGUUUCACCCCAGAAUUGCCUAUGAGUUGGUGAUUACAGAACUUUUUAUGUGAAUGACAUUUUACAAGUCCAUCAAUUCUCUUACUUUUGAGGACAAAAAGCUAUUAAUUCCUAGAGUUGUAUAAAAGACCCAUCAGAUUUGAAAAAUGUCACCAGGAAAGCAAGUCAUUAAAGCUAACAUAACCACCCAGGGAACAUAGUACUUGUCUUAAAAACUGACACACACAGCAGCACAGGACUGAGGAUUUAUUUAGUUUGCUCUCGGGGGUCUGGGCACUUAAUUCUAUGCAGCCGUACCUAUGACACGUUAAUGCUUCUCUGGAUGUUAUCAAAAGGAGAUACAACUCCUGUGAUAAAGCUGCCUUCCCACCACUUACACCCAGUUCUCCCAGUAUUCUCAGUAUCUUUUUCUCACCAGUAUUAGCUGCAUAUAUAAAUAAUUGUUUUAUUAUACACAUUAUAGGUAUUUUAUUUAGAAUUUUUACCAGAGGUAAAAAAAGAAAUGCAAUUUAUGUUAGCAAAUAAAUAAAUUCUGCUCUCUUUCAGCAUCGUGGUGGUCCACAAUAACAACUACAAGCCAUGUUGUAACAACAAGUUAAUGUUGUAUUAUCUUUCAUUACACUAACAUUCAUAUUGUAGUGUACAGGUGAAUUUAUGAUGUGAUAACAUUUGUUAUUAUGGAUGGGAUCUUUUCAACUUUAUCCAUUCUAAAGUCUGGAAAACUGUGCAUUUAUUCCCUUUUCUUUUUGUGACUAGUUCAGUGAAAUGAUGCAUUCUAAAAACUGAAAUAAGAAAAAUAUGAAAAACUGUUUAUUUCUCUGACAGUCCAAACUGUCACAGAAAAGUAUGUUAUGAAUGUAUGACUAAAUAUUUGUGAAAAGUUUUAUUACUGCAUUAAUAAACAGCCAUUACUUAAUGCUGCUGUGGUCUCCUUUUACAAAAGAAAGAAGUAUGAACCUGAACACACAUUUUCAUACGUCUGUGGAGAAGCUGUAAGCCAUUAAUGAAAACAAUAAACAUAGGGACAAUUCUUAGUGCUAAUACAGAACUUCCCCCAGGAUAUUUUCUGCUCACAAAGAGAUAAGGCAGUACUAUCUUCUUUUAACAGACUCUUAACCCUAACCCUCACAGGAGGAAACAUAUCUGCCUAUCUGUUGUCACUACAGAUCCCCAGACUGAGCAUUACACAACUUCUAUGUCCUGACCACUCAGAAAAUAUUUUCUUUAGAUCUCUGGCAGGUCACUGCAAAAUUGUUAGAGAAACUGCAGUUACAGCAUAAAUAGCCACAAAGCUCGAGUUUGGUUCUAGCAGGGUGCAGGGCUACUGUAUACCCUUGACUGAUGAACAGCACCAUGUCCAUGAGGGAGAUCACCCUUUUCAACCAGCAUGCAGCUUUGGUAGAGAUGUACAUGGAGCACUGAGGGAGGAAAGGGGACACCCACCGAGCCAGCCAGGUCAGCUCAAUUAACUUGGUCAUCAGUGGGGUGACAGA